GGUCCUCCUCCAUGCUAACACUCGCCUCGCCCCUCCCCCCCUCCCCUGAGCUUAUUUUAGAACUAUGGCCAGAUGCCUAAUUUCCCUCUGUGGCUUCACGUGGCUUCCAAAGAGGAGGGGUAGGGCUGACUUCUGAUCAAAUGGGUGGGAAGGUCCAGGCCAGCAACACAACCAAAGUCCAGAUGAAGGAUCAGUAAACGCAAUGUGCCUCAAAGGUAGCCCUGAAUACAUUCUGCUGGUAGACAUUAACUCAUUAAAUCGAUCUUGAUUACAAAUAUAAACUUUGUCCUAUCUCACCUGGCAAGCAGGAGAAAGGUGGAUGUCUGCCUAUAAAAGGGAAAUGCUUCGUGUCCCUGGCUUUCAGGCUCCAGCAUCUUCUCUCUGCCAACAUGUGGCACCUCAAACUUUGCGCAGUGCUCAUGAUCUGCCUCCUGAUGUUGGGCGAGGCAAAUGGCUCCCCAGUACCAGAACUGAGUGCAGCAAAGAGAAGAGCACGGAGAAUGACCCCCUUUUGGAGAGGGGUCUCUCUCAGACCCAUUGGAGCCUCCUGUCGGGACGAUUCCGAGUGCAUCACAAGGCUAUGCAGAAAAAGACGCUGCUCCCUAAGUGUGGCCCAGGAAUAAUGUGCAUCCCAGGGGAAGAAAGCCCAGCAGAGACCCCCAGUGCUCCGUUCUAUGGAGUGUUGAACUGCAUUUUGGCUGGAGAUACAUAAAUGAAGCAAUCUUGUGUUUUUAAUAUUUAAAAGACAGGUGCUAUGCUUUCAGUGGGUCUCCAUUUCUUCUUAGCCUAUUGAUAUGUGGAUAACAAAUGUGUCUUUAUUGUAAGUUUAUUUUUCUAUGGAAACUAUUAAAUAUUUCAAGUAGAAAUGUUGGUGGUCUGAUCUGAAACUUGAAAGGGCUCCAUUUGGUAAACUACAGAAAAAUAAACUAGCUCUGCCAAAUCAUGAUAUUAACUUCUCCAUCUGGAAAGUGUGGUUAAGAGUUAACAUAUUUUCACUGAGUGCCAGUGGCUCACACCUGUAAUCCCAGGUAUUCAGGAGGCUGAGAUCUGAGGAUCAUAGUUCAAAGCCAGCCAGGCAGGAAAGUCUGUGAGACUUAU